UAAAAGUCCUCAAGAAAAGGUUUAUUGGAAUCAAAAUGGUCACUUUAACAGAGAACCUAGUCCAGGGGUUAAAAUGGUAUAAUUCAGACUUUCCAGAUAUCGGCAGUGGAAUUCUUGUCCAUGAAGUUGUCCCAGACUCCCCAGCUCAGAAAGGUGGGCUCGAAACAGGUGAUAUCAUAGUGAAGCUAAACGGCCAUCCUUUGGUCAACACUGGAGAAUUACAGGAGGCGAUUCAGGAAGACAUGCCCCUCCUUCUGGAAGUUCGGCGCGGUAAUGAUGAUCUACUAUUUAACAUUGAGCCUAAUAUCCUCAUGCAGUGACAAUAUCAGAGAUGGAAACCUGGAGGAGUGAUAUGAAGGACAAACAGCAGAUUGGUAGAAGUGUGCUUGACUUUCUAUAGAUAGAUGGAAAUGUGAAGAUAGAGGAGCACAAUUAACAUGUCAUUGCAUCUGGGUUUCAAAGGGCAAAUGGAGGGGGAAAAAAACUAUUGUGUACUGAACUACUUCUGACCAGUGUUAUAUUUUUUAAUUGUCUCUUAAAUUUAGUGUUAUUAAUGUCAUGCUAUUUUACAGUAAAAUGCCACAGUAUUACAGUGCCUUUCUUUCAAGACUGACAUGGACUGACUUUAGAGAUCAGUAAUCAUUUAGAAAUAUAAAAAAUAGGCAAUUU